AUGUAAAACAAUAAAUCUGCAACUGAAUACUUGGAUUCGAUAGGAUAAUAGCUGGAUUUCAUUGAUUAAUAUUAUAUAUAACAGGCAGAUCAAAAUGAUGCUUAAGUUAUAUAGAAAUUUAAAAAGGUCUACAAAUAUAUUGAUGAGGCGUACAAAUCCAAUUUUAUGAAUGAUGAUGGUUUAUUUUCAGUUUAUGGAUUUUUCUUAUAAACAGUCAAGAAAUUCAAAAGAAAAUUGGAAAACAGAAUCUAUUUUGAUAAAACUGAUUAUGCAGCCACACUCGAGAAAUUUGAACGAACUUAAACUAAACUUGUUCCUGUUUACAAAGAUCUUAUAUUGGAGGCUUAGAAGUAGGAAAGAAUAGAUUUGGAAACCUUAUUAGAUUCGAAUAUGGUUCAUCAUAUUUAUACAAAAAAAGAAUUAGGUCAGUUUGCUCUAUAAUUGUUUGAUUUCUUAAAUUUGGAUUAGAUCAAAGUGCCAAAAGAAAUUUUAGGUGAUUUGAUAAAUGAAAUUGUCAUGAAUUAUAAUGUUGUACCUUAUCAUAAUUUUACCCAUGCCUUCCAAUUAUCCUAAUUGCUAUUUUCAUGCUAUAUGAAAUCAGACCUGAAGAAAUUUUGUACUCAACUUGAAAUAUUUUCUGCAAUUCUUGCUGGUUUGGGACAUGAUUUAAACCAUAAGGGGGUAAACAAUAUGUAUAAGAUUAAAAAGUCAAAGAAAUUCAACAUUCUAACAUCCGAAAUUGCUGUUCUAGAAAAUAUGCAUUGCGCUACUUUCUUUAAUAUCAUUUAACUCAACAGAAAACAUGAUUUCUUUCAAUACAUGUCAAAUGAUGAGGAAAAAACUCUAGCAAAGAGAUUGAUUAUUACAUCAAUUUUGGCAACCGAUAUGAGUAAACAUGCAAAACUUUUAGCUAAACUUUAAAAAAGAGUAGAAUGCACUAAAUAAUAUGAUCAAGGAGAAAAAAAUGAUUUAAUAGAGAUGCAGCGAUUCUCAAAUGAAAGACUUGAAGAUAGAAUCUUUAUUCUUAAUAUCAUGGUUCAUGCUUGUGAUAUAUCAAAUCCAACGAUGAAAUUCAAUAAUUAUAUGAAUUGGUCCUAUUUAUUAACCUAAGAAUUUAAUGAUUAAACAAUCAAAGAAGCUAAAAUUGGAGUAGAUGUGACUGGAUUUCUAAUCUAUAAAGACAAACCCACUUAUUAUGGAGGAUAGAUGUUUUUUUCAAAAUCUCUGGUUCUCCCCUUAUGGGUUUAGAUUGGUGAAUUGUACCCAGAGCUUAAAUAUUUAUCCGAAGAAAUCAACAAGAAUUUAGAAAUAUUACAAUAAAAAUUAAAACAAUGA